CCUCCCCGCCGGGCUUGAGGAAGCGGAGGGAGCGGUGGAGUUGCUGUGCAUAUUAAUGAGAGGGAGCGAGGGCAGCGGGAGCCGCUUUAAAGGAGGAGAAGGGAAGGCAGCGGCAGAGCGCAGGCAGCGCCGGGCAGCCGCUCCGCCGGGAGCCGCUCCGCCGUCCCCUCCCUGGGACCCAGCCCCGGGACAGCGGCAUCGGGGGGACGAACCCCAGCAGAACAAACGCAUCGACGUCCCGGCAUCUCCUUGGGUACCUGCUAUCUCAAAAUGAAGCUCCUGACAGCAGCUCUGCUCCUGCUCUUCAUCGCGAUGUGCUUAGCCAGCGCAGAAGGCGUGAAGUGCAAAUGUUCAAGAAAAGGUCCUAAAAUAAGAUUCUCUAAUGUACGGAAGCUGGAAAUAAAACCGAGGUACCCAUUUUGUGUGGAAGAGAUGAUUAUUGUGACGCUGUGGACACGGGUCAGGGGCGAGCAGCAGCACUGCCUCAACCCCAAGCGCCAGAACACCGUGAGGCUGCUCAAGUGGUACCGAGUAUGGAAGGAGAAGGGCAGGGUUUACGAAGAAUAAGAGAAAGUGGUACAAGAAAUGGAGUGGACUCCCUUGGCUGGCAUAGGACUGGGCUCUACAGAAGAUUAUUUCUCUCUUGCAGACAUAAGACACAAAUUCUAUAUUAUUAUGAAGCACUUUUUACCAAGGGUCAGUUUUUACAUUUUAUAGCCGUAUGCAAAAGGCUUCCAGAUUUCACAAGCAUCUGUUGCACUUCUGAUUUCAUACCCAUCUGCUCUGUACUGAAAUUAGGAAAACACGUGCUUUUCAUUUUAAAUAAGUUCUUUUGGGAGUUUUUUUGUUUUUAAUUAUUAUUCAUUCAUAUUUCACUAUGAUUGCAAUCGAGCUUUAUAAGCUCAUUAGGCAAACAGAACUGUUUGUGACGGUGUUGUACAGCCAUGGCCCUCACCCCUGGCAGUGGGAAAGCUUUGGGCUGGGGUUAUUGCUCGUGUUUGCAGCCUUCACCUCAGUCAGGCAGAGCAGGGACCAAAGAUGAGUUUGCUGGGGAAGAUGCCACUGAAAUGCUGUGGCUGUACCUGCAGAAGUGAGGUCCCUCAGCACCUCAUCAAACGAGCGUGAGCAUCACUCGUGUACCUCUUCUUUAAUGGACCUGAGGUCUUGCUGCAAGGCGAAGCGUCCUGCAUCUCCCAUUUAACCUCUCAUGCAUUAGAAAGCAUUUCUAGGUCAUUUUUAUUACUAAGAAAAUGUUGGUUUUUUCCACCUGAAGCACUUACAGAAAGUUUGUGGCUUCAGUACUGAGACAUCUUAAGCUUCAAGACUAUUGUGUAUGUUUUCCUAGAUUUGUAGCAACAAAAAAAAAGCCUUUAAAAGGUACCUUUUUAUGAAAAAUAUGAUAGGGCAAACAUAUAAAUACCUAUGUAUGUUUUAGUCACAAUACAACAUAUUCAUUAUUUUGAAUGUAAUACUUCAAUGUUAAGCAGUGAAUUCCUCUUUUUAAUAUAACAAAACUACCUUUUCAUUUGUAAAUAUACUUUAGGAAAUCUCCCUAUAUUAUCUCGCUGUAUAAUGUACUGUACUGCUAAAUUAUCAUAUGCUAUUUAAAUGUUUGAAAUAUUUAGAAGGUUGCAUGCAGAUUUCAUAUUUCUUUCUAAGACAAAUGAAAAAAAAGUAAUAAAAAAAAUAUUUAAAAA